AUGAAACCAUACGCAGCCUGCACGACCGCUGUGCUUGCCUUGCUGCUGGCCGGUGCGCCAACAGCCCAGGCUCAAAGAGAAUACAGAGAACACAGUCUGGACUUACUCCGUCUCCUCGCUGACAAACCAUGGAUCGGCCUCGGUCCGCACAACCGUUGGGACAGAGCACCGCGCAUUGACUCGGAACUUAGCAAUAUUGGAUAUGAACCCCGUAUACCUCACAUGCACAACAUUGACGAAAAAAAUUAUCUUGAUGACGAAAUAAGGGGCGGUUCUGAGAAGCGGUCAGCUGUUGCGACGGCGCUGAACUCGGGCCGCCGAAGAAGGCAACCGACACCGGCGAUCGGUGUCCUAACCGACAUGGGCUCAUUCUUCGACUCUCUGCGCGACAACCUUGAAACACUGGUGUCGCUUUCGCCACAGGAGCGCUCCACAAUGUUUGCGGAACCGCCAUCAGUCGUGAACGCACCUUCAUCUAAUAACUUCGGCGGUGGCAGUGGUCCACGUAAGCUGUAUGCUCUUCGACCUCUCAGACCAACUGGCAAUAUCAGAUCUUACAACCGCAGAUCUCUCGUGGAGGCGGACGGUGGGUACCCUGGCGCCAACCACCAUGACCCUGCUCUGCUGUGGACAGGACUCGGCCGGUAG